CAGCCGUCGGGCGUGUGGUUUAUAGUUCCGGUGAACCAUGUCCGAUGGGUAUUACUGUUCGAAGAAGACAGAUGAUGUCUGUGGAGAGACAAUGUCCAAGUGGUUAUGACUUGGGUUCAAUGCAACGCAAGUUAUGUUAGAAAUCUGGAAUCUUCGCCAUUUCUGCCGUCAUUGUUUUUGAAUUUUUUUUCCAUCAGUCUGUUGUUCUUCAUUGUUGAACUGUUUGGCUUUUUUUUAUUAUUACUAUUAUUAUUUUGCUGCAGGGAUCACGAGCCGCAGCUGUGACGAGGCUUAAGUGUGUUCUCCGAGGUUUCGACAUGAAAACCUGCAUUGUCCUGUUGGUGGUGAUACCCUUUUGUAUCUUCUCCAUGUAUUUGCACGGUCAGAAGGUAACCUAUUUCCUCCGGCCGCUUUGGGAAUCUCCUCCAAAGCCAUUCACUCUCCUUCCACACUAUUAUCACGAGAAUGUGUCCAUGGAAACUCUCUGCAAGCUUCACGGCUGGGGAAUCCGCCAAUUCCCGAGGCGGGUCUUUGACGCUGUCUUGUUCAGCAACGAAAAGGACAUUCUAACCAUCCGUUGGAACGAGCUUUACCCUUACGUGUCUCAGUUUGUGCUUCUCGAGUCAAACUCGACGUUCACUGGCUUGGUUAAGCCAUUGGUUUUCGAGGGCAGUAAGGAACGGUUCAAGUUUGUAGAACCGCGGCUGACUUACGGGACUAUUGGGGGACGGUUCAAGAAAGGGGAGAACCCGUUUAUCGAGGAAGCAUAUCAAAGGGUCGCUUUGGAUCGGCUGCUUAGAAUUGCGGGGAUUCAAGAAGAUGACUUGUUGAUCAUGUCGGAUGUGGACGAGAUCCCGAGUGCCCACACCGUUAAUCUUUUGAGAUGGUGUGAUGAUAUUCCUCCGAUCCUCCACCUUCAGCUGAAGAAUUACUUGUAUUCUUUCGAGUACUAUGUCGACAACAAGAGCUGGAGAGCGUCUAUCCACCGGUACCAACCCGGGAAAACUCGGUAUGCACAUUUUCGGCAGAGUGAUGUUAAGUUAUCUGAUGCCGGGUGGCACUGCAGCUUCUGUUUCCGUCAUAUAAGCGAGUUCAUAUUCAAGAUGAAAGCGUAUAGCCACUCGGACCGUGUCAGAUUCUCUCAUUACCUGAACCCGAAGAGGAUUCAAGAGGUUGUAUGCAAAGGGAGUGAUCUGUUCGACAUGAUUCCCGAGGAACACACGUUCAAGGAGAUUAUCAGUAAGAUGGGUCCUAUCCCAAGGUCUUAUUCAGCAGUCCAUCUUCCUUCCCAUCUGCUGGAUAAUGCAGAACAGUACAAAUACCUAUUGCCUGGGAACUGCUUUAGAGAAAGUGGCUGACAUUAUUAUAUGAACAUGUUGAAGUGUUCUUGUAUAGUUUGAAGCCGCAUAGUAGAUUUUUCGGGCAGAGACAAAAAGCUUCAGGAUCUGUUACUGAUGCCUCUGUGACCGUUCUUGAAAUGAAGAGCACAUCCAUCUUGUGUCCGAAAGAAGAGAAAACACCCUGAAUAUGUUAGAUAUGUUGCCCAGAAAGAAUCUGACAGGAUCUUGGAUUUAAAAACGGCGUCUCUGUCCAUUCCUGUUUCUUCUGAUAGAGAGCUUAUUUUGGGUAGAUGCAAUAUAUCCCAGAUUUUUUCCUUCUUCAGGCUAAUAAUAUAACCUUUAUUCCGUUCCAUCAUCUUAUAAAUACCCUUUUCUCACCCUUGACUUGACCAUGUAUCCACAUUGGCUUAUGGAUCUUGUCUGAAGAAGCUUUGUUGGCAAAGCAUGUUCUUUUGUCAGGUACAAGCAAUGUUUGGAGACUUGGAUUUUGUUUUUUUAAGAUUCUUGUGUGGUUCAGAUUCUGGAAUUUUCUGAGGGAACGACACCAAGAGAUGCCAAUGCAGCAUCAGGGCAAAGAUCUUAGCUUUUUCAAGUUAACUAUGUCUUUUUCUUGAGGCGGAAUCUUUUGCUAAUACUGGCAAAGUGGUGGUGAUUGUUCUGUUAGAUUCUCCUUGGCUUUGAAAAAGUUACCUUUUCGAACAA